UUUCUUUUAUAUUGGCAGCUUUUUCUUUUAAUUUCUUUGGUUUCUUUUUCUCUCUACUGUUCUCGUUGAAAGUGUAGCAUGGAAAUGCAAACCCUAGAAACUACAAGUUUUCCUACUUAGAAACACCGCUGACGCCGUCGUUUUUCUCUUUUCGCCUCCUUAUCCGCUGAAUCGAGUCAAAGCUCUAAAUCUCCUCAUAACACGGGAGUUCUAAGUAUUAUUUAGUUGAAUAAGUUUCGGUUUGAGCUAUAAAUGUCGUCUCUGAGCAGAGAAUUGGUGUUUUUGAUUCUUCAAUUUCUCGAUGAGGAGAAAUUUAAGGAGUCCGUGCACAGGCUGGAGCAAGAGUCGGGCUUUUUCUUCAACAUGAAGUACUUUGAAGAGAAAGCUUUAGGCGGAGAAUGGGACGAAGUUGAGAAGUACCUCUCCGGAUUUACCAAAGUUGAUGACAAUCGUUACUCUAUGAAGAUUUUCUUUGAGAUCAGGAAGCAAAAGUAUCUAGAGGCUCUUGAUAGGCAUGAUAGAGCGAAGGCUGUUGAAAUUUUAGUCAAGGAUUUGAAAGUUUUCUCCUCAUUCAAUGAAGAGCUCUACAAGGAAAUUACGCAGCUUUUAACUCUGGAGAACUUCCGGGAAAAUGAGCAGUUAUCUAAGUAUGGCGAUACAAAAUCAGCUCGAAGCAUAAUGCUGGUGGAGCUUAAAAAGCUGAUAGAAGCUAAUCCCCUGUUCCGGGACAAGCUUGGUUUCCCGACGUUGAAGGCAUCGCGGCUCCGAACUUUAAUAAAUCAAAGUUUAAACUGGCAACACCAGCUGUGUAAAAAUCCUAGGCCCAAUCCUGACAUCAAAACACUAUUCACGGACCAUUCGUGUUCACCUCCAAAUGGGGCUCGUGCACCUACUCCUGUCACUCUUCCAGUUGCUGCUGUUGCAAAGCCUUCAACUUAUUCUCCACUGGCAGCACAUGUAGGAUCAUUUCCACCAACUGCAGCAGCAGCUAAUGCUACUGCUUUAGCAGGCUGGAUGGUCAAUGCCAAUCCUCCCCCAACUGUCCAAUCAUCAGUAGUGGGUGCAUCAUCAUUGUCUGUUCCAGCAAAUCAAGUUUCUGUUUUGAAGCAUCCAAGAGCACCUUCAACUGCACUGGGAAUGACAGAUUACCAAAGCACUGAUCAUGAGCAACUAAAGAAACGUUUGCGGUCUUCACAGUCUGUUGAUGAGGCCACAUAUCCUGUUCCUCCUCAACAAGCUUCAUGGUUCCUUGAAGACCUACCAAGAACUGUAGCUUGUACCAUGCAUCAGGGUUCCACUGUAACAAGCAUGGAUUUCCAUCCUUCUCAUCACACAUUACUUGCUGUUGGUUGUGGAGAUGGUGAAAUUACGCUUUGGGAAGUUGGGUUGCGUGAGAGGCUGGUUUCCAAGUCAUUCAAGAUAUGGGAUUUGACAAAUUGUUCUAUGCCAUUGCAGGCUGCUAUUGCAAAAGAUCCAUCAAUAUCCGUCAGUCGUAUAGCAUGGAGUCCAGAUGGAAAUUUGAUUGGUGUUGCUUUUACAAAACAUUUGAUCCAUUUGUACACUUAUCAAGGAUCUAGUGAACUAGGCCAACAUUUAGAGAUUGAUGCGCAUGUUGGUGGUGUAAAUGACAUAGCUUUUUCUCAUCCUAACAAACAACUUUGCAUUGUAACUUGUGGAGAUGAUAAGUUGAUAAAGGUUUGGGAUUUGUCUGGAAGAAAGCUUUUUCACUUUGAAGGCCAUGAAGCACCUGUUUAUUCUGUUUGUCCCCACCACAAGGAAAAUAUUCAAUUUAUAUUUUCAACUGCUGUUGAUGGAAAAAUUAAGGCUUGGCUGUAUGAUAAUAUGGGCUCCAGGGUUGACUAUGAUGCUCCUGGCCGGUGGUGCACUACUAUGCUCUACAGUGCAGAUGGUACUAGAUUGUUUUCCUGUGGGACAAGUAAAGAUGGGGACUCAUUCCUUGUUGAAUGGAACGAAAGUGAAGGAGCUAUAAAGAGGAAUUAUGUUGGCUUCAGAAAGAAGUCUGCUGGUGUAGUGCAAUUUGACACAACAAGAAAUCGCUUCUUGGCUGCUGGUGAAGAUAACCAGAUAAAAUUUUGGGAUAUGGACAACACAAAUAUGCUUACAAGUACUGAGGCUGAGGGUGGACUUCCGAGUCUUCCUCGGUUGAGAUUCAACAGGGAAGGGAAUCUGCUUGUAGUUACUACAGCUGAAAAUGGACUCAAAAUCCUUGCAAAUGCUGAUGGUCUGAGAACCUUAAGAGCAAUGGAAACACGUUCUUACGAAACAUCAAGAGGAAUCACUGAGAUGAAGGUUGCUAUAUUCUGUCUCCACACCCUUUUGCUUUGUUUUGGAGUUUUAUUGAUCUUGAUUUGUUGUGUUUUCAUGGAUCAGGUUUCUAGUUCUGCUGUGGUUACAAGCAUCAGUCCAGUUAUUAGUAAAGUGGAACGUGUAGACAGAAGCUCCCCUGCCAGGCCCACUCCUACAAUUAAUGGAGUUGAAUCUAUAGCAAGAGACAUUGAAAAGCCAAGAAAUUUGGAGGAUGUAUCUGAUAAAGCCAAGCCUUGGGAACUGACUGAGAUUAUUGAUCCUAUUCAGUGUCGGGCAGUCACCAUGCCAGAAGGCACUAAUUCUGCUUGCAAGGUUGCUCGACUUCUCUACACAAAUUCUGGUGUUGGCAUACUAGCCCUGGGGUCAAAUGGGGUUCAGAAGCUAUGGAAAUGGGGUCGCAGUGAACGCAAUCCUGGUGGAAAGGCCACUGCCAGUGUUGUUCCACAACAUUGGCAACCAAGCAAUGGUCUUCUUAUGAUCAAUGAUGUUCCUGAGAAUUCGGAAGAAGCUGUUCCGUGUAUAGCACUCUCAAAGAAUGAUUCAUAUGUCAUGUCUGCCUGUGGUGGGAAAGUUUCAUUGUUUAAUAUGAUGAACUUCAAGGUGAUGACUACAUUCAUGCCACCUCCACCAGCUUCAACAUUCCUAGCAUUUCAUCCUCAAGAUAAUAACAUCAUAGCAGUUGGAAUGGAAGACUCAACUAUCCAAAUCUUCAAUGUCAGGGUGGAUGAGGUCAAAACAAAAUUAAAGGGUCACCAAAAGCGCAUUACUGGUUUGGCAUUUUCCACCAGUCUUAAUAUCCUGGUCUCAUCUGGGGCUGAUGCUCAGAUUAUCUUCUGGAACACUGAUACAUGGGAAAAAAGGAAAUCAGUUGCAAUUCAACUGCCUGCUGGAAAGGCGCCUGUUGGUGACACUAGAGUGCAGUUUCACUCUGAUCAAGUUUGGCUGUUGGUAUGCCAUGAGACCCAGCUAGCACUGUAUGAUGCUGCAAAGAUGGAAUGCAUUAGACAGUGGAUGCCACAAGAUGUACUUUCCUCUCCCAUUUCUUGUGCUGUAUAUUCCUGCAAUAGCCAACUAAUAUAUGCUACAUUCACUGAUGGUAAUAUUGGAGUAUUUGAUGCUGAUAGUCUAAAGCUCAGAUGUCGUAUAGCCCCAUCAGCAUACAUAUCCCAGGCAUCAACAGACAGCCAAACUGUGUACCCAUUAGUUGUCACAGCUCAUCCUCAGGAGCCAAAUCAAUUGGGUGUUGGGUUGACUGAUGGAUCCAUUAAAGUAAUGGAACCUUUGGAGACUGAACAGAAGUGGGGAGUUGCAGCGCCUGUUGACAGUGGAACAGAGAAUGGCAGGUCAACUGCAUCAUCUGCUACUAACAAUCCCACUCCAGAGCAGGUCCAAAGAUAAAACUACUUAUUUUUAAUCUGUAUAUUUUCAUGUACCAUAGUAGGCUGGCCUCGCAUAGAUUUCUAAUCAAAUGUGAGUCAUGGAAAAGAAUUAGAUAUAGUGAAAUAAUUUCAUGUAUAUUAUCCAUUAAUUUCGCAUAUAAAUGUGAUAUCUUAUAAUUUAUUUAAUUCUGCAAUUUUGUUGUAUGCCUUUUGUACUUGAAACCUUAAAGUGGAGAUCUUGAACAAAGGAAAUAUUAUGCAUUUUAAUAUAUUCAAUAUCUAGUUCUUCAAGGGGUUGAUGCUUGAAGAGUUAAUACUUGAA